AUGAGUUCGAGAAACAAGAAACGUGAAGAUUUAUUAGAGAGAUUAAAGAUACUUAAAAACAAGCUCCAUGCAGAGCACUUGAAUUGGGUAUCUCCUAACAAUAAAAUAGAGAAAUUCGAACCUGUCGAAAUUAAACCAUCAAAAAUGCCUUCAAAUACAAAAGCAUCAACUGAAAGUUUGCGAAAGAAAUGGCGUGAAAUAUUGGUCGAUCAGAAAAUACAAAAAAUUCAAGAUUACCGCACGAAAGAUGAAUUCCUUUCUUUAUGGAAGUACAUCAAGGGAUAUCAAGUUAAUGAGCCACCAAACUUAGAUAAUAUAUUUUAUAUUAAUAACGAAGAUUUCAUCAAAGCUCAAAGUUACGCUAUUCAUGAACUUAUUGAAACAGAUAUUUAA